AUGUCCGAAUCUUCCGAGUCUUUCCUCAUGUGUAGCACCGAGACCGGUGGCGGAGACCGAACCGUUGACCGUGAUCCUCCGUGUAUAGUCGGCAUGGCAUGCCGGCUACCAGGUGGAAUUAAGUCACCCUCCGAAUUUUGGGAAUUCCUGAUGCGUAAGGGGUGUGCGCAGGGCUCGGUGCCGGCCAAGCGCUUCAACAAGGACGGGUUUUAUCAUCCGGAUGGCGGAUCUAGUGCCCACGCGGGAUUGAUGGACGUAGAUGGCGGCUACUUUAUUGACGAAGAUGUACGUCUUUUUGACAACGCCUUCUUCGGUAUUCACAACCUAGAGGCCGCUUCAAUGGAUCCGCAGCAGCGUAAAUUGCUUGAAAUCGUGUUCGAGUGCUUGGAACAUGCUGGCACCUCUCUAAACCAAAUCUCAGGUACGAACACCGGCGUCUUUGUCGGAAACUUUACCUUGGAUCACCAGACGAUGCAAUCUCGGGACAUGGACGCGAUUCAUCGCUUUUCGGCCACAGGAUGCGGGACUACCAUCCUGGCGAACCGCAUCAGUCAUGUGUUCAACCUCCAGGGACCCAGUUUUACUCUUGAUACGGCAUGCUCCUCAUCUCUCUAUGCACUACAUAGUGCCGUGACCGCGCUGGAGGCUGAUGACUGCGAUGCUGCAAUCGUUGCAGCUGUCAACUUGAUCAUGUCUCCAGAGCAAUGUGUAGCUGCCGCUAAGAGUGGUGUUCUUUCACCUACCUCGACUUGCCAUACCUUUGACGCUGUCGCCGACGGCUAUGGACGCGCUGAGGGCAUGAAUGCUAUCUACCUCAAGCGGCUGUCACGCGCUAUCAAGGACGGCGAUAAGAUCUGGGCUGUCGUUCGUGGUACGGCUGUUAAUGCAAAUGGGAAGACUCCUGGUAUCACACAACCUAGCGCCGAUAUGCAAGAAACUGUGAUCCGGAAGGCUUACUCGAAGGCUAGCCUGGAUUUCGCCGACAGUGACUACGUUGAGUGCCACGGAACAGGAACGCCAGUCGGUGAUCCCAUCGAGGUCGAUGCUCUUGGUCGUUGUUUCACAAGUUUGAAAAGGACUAGACCGUUACUGAUAGGAUCUUCAAAGCCUGGCCUUGGUCAUAGCGAAGCGGCCAGCGGCCUAACAGCACUGAUCAAAGUAGCCUUAGCGCUUGAAUAUGCCAAGAUACCACCCACAUACGGCGUGAAUAAUCUGAACCCGAAGCUUAGACUAAACAGCCUAAACAUGAGUGUUGCUACGGAGAUCGAGGAUUGGCCACGAGAACUUCGCAGGGCGAGUAUCAACGCCUUUGGGUACGGCGGUGGCAAUGCCCACGCUAUCCUCGAGUGUGCUAACAGCUACCUGGGACGUGAAGACCAGAAUGCAACAGAAACGGCUCUUCCUAAUAAGUAUGAUAAGAUUCUUGUGCUGCCUGUAUCUGCUGCCUCUUUAGGAUCAUUGAAGACACGUAUGAGCCAUGUCCGGCAAGCGGUCCAAGGCAGUGAUACAGACACCCUCAAGGGGCUGGCUCACACUUUAACUCGACGUACCUCCCACUUCAGCACUAGAGAUGUCUUAUUUAUCAGAUCUAGUAGCCCCGGGAAGAAACCAGACAUAUUAGACCUAGACAUGGGCUUGAACAACGCUCAAGCUAUGGAUAUUAGCUUGCCUGUCGCAUUCGUGUUUACAGGCCAGGGUGCCCAAUACGCAGCCAUGGGCAAGGAGCUUCUUCUCCAGAAUGAAUGUUUCGUUACAUCCAUACGCAGUCUAGAUCGCGUCUUGCAAUUUUUACCUCCUGAAUAUAUCCCUGGUUGGACUUUGGAGAACGCCAUUCUCGACCCACUCGAAAACAGUCAGAUUCAUCAGGCUAAUCGAAGCCAACCAAUAUGCACGGCUAUUCAAAUUGCUCUUGUUGACUUGCUUCAUAGCUGGGGUAUCACUCCUUGCGCGGUGGUUGGCCACUCAUCUGGCGAGAUCGCUGCCGCGUAUGCCGCUGGUCUAAUAAGUGCCAAGCAGGCUAUCCUAACAGCCUACUUUCGUGGAUAUGUAGUGAGCCAGUUGACAGGCAAAGGUGCUAUGUUAGCGGCUGGGAUUGAUGCCGAUUUGGCCAAAAAUCUAAUCCAGCAAGCCAAACUUGAUAGUGAGGUAUCAGUUGCUUGUAUUAACUCGACCGAAAGUGUAACUCUGAGUGGCUCAGUAGAUGGCAUCGAACAUAUCAUGGUCGAAAUACAGCGGCAGGGAAAAUUUGCUCGCAAGAUCCGUACUGGGGAGCGAGCCUACCACUCUUUCAUGAUGAAAGAAGUAGGCGCGUUGUACGAAACAUUACUCGCUCUAUUUCUCGACCCUGUGUGCGAAGAUAGCAAUCAAAUCAAAAUCCCGGACGUGGAGAUGUAUUCCUCGGUAAACACCAAUGAUAAGGGUGAAGCCUCGAUCCUCACCCAAGGCUCCGUCUCAGAACGUUACUGGCGAGACAAUCUCGAAAAGCCUGUUCAGUUUUCUCUUGCGCUAAGCACGCUCCUGAGAAGCAGAAAGAGGGUGCACCUGGUUGAGAUAGGACCGAACCCAGCACUAAAAGGGCCGAUACAGCAGAUAUGCUCUCAUCUUAAACGGGAUCAUUUCUUAGUGCCGUAUUCCUGUACGCUCAUCAGAAACCAAGAUGCCGACCUCUGUAUGAAACGGCUAGCCGGUAUCCUCUUCAUAUUUCACCAAACCCUACGCUGGCAGAAUGUGAACUCAUUGCCCAAUUCAGCUUCUAUUCGCAACCUCCCACCAUAUCCUUGGGACUACUCUGCUGGUCUACUUUGGCAAGAGCCACGCGCCAGUAUUGAGCUUCGUAAUCGGCGGUAUCCGCGGCAUGAGCUGCUUGGUUCUCGGCAGGUUGCUGGGAAUGGCAUCGACUGGACAUGGAGAAACGUGCUUAACCUAAACGAGAUUCCGUGGGUGCGUGACCACAAGUUAGAGAGCCAGAUUGUUUUCCCAGCCUCUUGCUAUUUGGCUAUAGCAAUUGAGGCGCUUUCCCAAACCCGGGAAACGCUUUCAAGAACAGCAUCCGCAGUCAUUUUCCGCCACGUUAAUAUUGGUACUGCACUUAUUAUUCCCGAUGACGAAGCUAAGGACGAGGUAGAACUUCACACGUCCUUGACGUUCCGGGAGCUCUCCAGAACCACUGUAUCAGAAGACUGGUAUAAGUUCUCUAUCUCGUCCUUCGUGGCUGGUCAGGCCACGGUGCAUUGCUCUGGCGACAUCCGAAUCAUGGACAACCCAGAGUGCAUAUCGCUUGCCAAGACCGUCACGGUUACUGAUGUGAAUAACUUUGAGGAAUGGCCGAAUAUGGGAAUCUGGUACGAUAGGUUCGCCAGUGAAGGCCUUCGGUUUGGAUCUAGUUUUCGGUCCGUGAUGAAAUUGCGCACUGACGGUAGUCGAUCUCGCUGUGAAGCCAUGUGUACUACCCGUCUUGUGCCGGAUGUAUCAAGGGAGUUAAACGGUACACAUUACCCCAUUCAUCCAAUCACUAUUGACGCAUGCAUCCAAGUAGCUAUCAUGGGCGCGGCAGCAGGAGAUGUGAGUGAAACCCAUGUUUACCUGCCGGUCUUCAUCGACGAAUGCUACAUCCACGUGUCGGCCCCAAAUGAUCAAGAAGCGUUUGGCCUAGUCCAAGCCACAUCGACCAAGACAGGGCCCUCGACGCGGAGAAUGACUUCAACCCUCCGGUCUACAGAUGCCACUCCAACACCAAUUGUCCACUUACAAGGCGUACGUGUGGCUAAAUAUAAGACUAGCAUCGUUCAAGAAUCUCCUCUUCCACGUCAACCAUGUCUCCGGGUUCGAUGGAAGCCUGACAUCCGACAUUUACAUGCGGGAAUAACACAGCAGCUGGAUAGAUAUAUUUUGGAAUUCAUUGCUCGGUGUCAAGACCAGGAUAUGGAACUCGCUGACGAUGAACGUCUAACCGCCAUGGGCGCUUUGGUGGACCUUGCGGGACACCAAAAUCCGCGUAUGCGGGUUCUAGAACUCGGAAGUGGCUGUCAGUGCAAGGCAAAGAAACUACUAGAACUCCUUGAUAAUGGGACUGGGUUUCGACGUUGCAAGUCAUGGCAACCUGGCAAGCUGGAUGAGACCGGUGUGAUCCAGCUGGACAGCGAAGACGGAGACAAAUGUAGUCUUGAACCCCCUUUUGACCUACUUUUCAUCCACGCCUCUCAAACCAUCUGGGAUUCAGUAGAAACACUCUAUUCCUUAGUUGCUCAGCAGGGCAUCGUCAUCACCCGGAGAACAGCUGUCGCUGCCGAGGCACUUCGACGAAGCCAGUUCACCGUAACCGAGCUCCCUGGAAGCAAAGUUAUCCUAGCUUCGCGUCCAUCAGCCGAGGAAAAUAUCAUAAUUAAAAAUUGUGAUGUGAUCAUCGUGGUAAUGAAUAAAAAGUGCGCGUCUCUUAGAUCAUCAGCUAAUUUUUCCCAGGUCCAUAAUCCGUCCUUGGCCGUAACAAGCUUCGCUGAAGCCUUACGAACGCACUUUCAUCAAGAAGAGAAUAUCAAUAAUGUUCAGGUCGUUUCCAUUUCUGAAAUUAAUGGCGUUCAGCUUUGCCCGCAGAUGAUAUGCGUAUCCCUACUUGAACUAGAGCAUGAGUUUCUAGCGUCCAUGAAUCAGUACGAUAUGGACUGUCUGCGUAUCAUUACCAAUACAAUAACGACCAUCCUCUGGCUUACGGGCGCAAACGUAUCGGGAAACGAGUUAAAUCCUGAUCUUACUCUCUCAAAUGGGCUCUCCCGUGGACUGAUAUUAGAACAGCCAUCCCUUAAUUUUGUUGUCAUAGAUGUCGGCCCUAUUGUUGACUGCAAACCUAUAACGUACCAGAAUAUUAUGAUAGUGUUGAAGUCAUACUAUCAUAACAAUGGCGCGGGAGAAGACAAAGAGUAUAUCCAGAAAAAUGGGCUUCUUCAUAUCAGCCGCUUUGGUCCCGACUUCACGAUUAAUUCCCUUUUCCGCCGCCGCUUCGAGAAACAGGGGGCUGCUGCGAAAGCUAAAUUAUCUACAGCUCACCCUGCCAGGCUCGCGGUCGGGACUUCCGGCGGGGGUGACACCCUUCACUUUGAACAGAUACGGGAACCAGUCUCAUCCACACCAAAUGGUUUCAUCGACGUACUCGUUAGGGCGGUCAGUCUUAAUGCCAAAGACGUCUAUGCGCUGAAGGGCCGAGUGGAAACACGGAAUGCGACAACGGCCCUAGAGUUUAGUGGCGUAGUGACGGCGGUAGGACUUGAUAUCACACACUUGCAGCCCGGCGACGACGUUGUCGUUGGCAUGCCGUGUCACUUCGCCACUUCUCAACGAGUGCCUGUCUGGGCUGCUCAUAAAAUGUUGCCGGGGGAGCAGUAUACUACCAUGGCCACCUUUCCCACGAUAUACGGUACCGCGCUUUACGCCCUGGUCCAUCGUGCCCACUUGCGUACCGGCGAGUCAAUAUUAAUACAAGGCGGCGCGGGCGCAUUCGGCUUUGCUGCUAUCACGAUUGCGAAGCACAUCCUCGGCACGACCACCAAUAUCUAUACUACAGCUGGGUCACAAGCAAAAAAGAGAUUCAUAGCGGACGAACUAGAUAUUCCAGAAGGGAAUAUCUUCCAUUCUCGCAAUGCCUCUUUCGCUACGGACUUAAUGUCUGCUACGAGGGGGCAUGGUGUCAACGUCGUUGUGAACUUUCUAAUUGGUGACCUCUUACGCGCAAGUUGGGAAUGCGUAGCGCCGUUUGGUCGCUUCGUCGAGAUUGGCAAACGAGAUCUUCUUGAUAUCGGCAAGCUAGACAUGCAUAUCUUCCUCCGAAACGCGACAUUUACGGCGUUCGACUUUAGUGAUUUAUACUAUCAACAAGUAGAUUAUAGCGACAACACGUUUUCAAGUUUACUGGAAGACAUCUUGAACCUAUAUCGCUCGGGUCAUAUAAAGCCACCGCCCAUAACAACGUUUGCUGCCGACAGAAUUGUAGAGGCAUAUCGCCACUUCUCUUCCGAAGACCGGCUAGGUAAAGUUGUUAUCUCGCUGGAAAAAGAAGACAGCAGAAUUCUUCUUGCGCCUUCGCGGUAUCUUACGCUGUUCGACCCACAAAAGGUAUAUUUACUAGUAGGCUGCCUUGGGGGGCUCGGUCGAAGCCUGAGUCGCUGGAUGGUGUCACGAGGAGCGCGCAGUUUCGUCUUCCUGGGCAGGUCGGCCUGCGAUAAGCCAUAUGCAAAACAACUCGUCUCUCGUCUUGAAGAGGCUGGAGUUGACGUUAAAGUAGUUCGAGGCGACGUUGCCAGCCGCUUCGACGUGGAUUUAGCCGUCUCCGCAUGCCUCAGCACUGAGAAGAGCAUUGGGGGGGUCGUACACGCCGCCAUGGGGCUUCACGAAAGCUUGUUCGCUCGAAUGACAGCUGAAAACUGGCAGACUGCUAUACAGCCCAAGUGGAAAGGCGCCUGGAACUUACACAAGGCGCUCGAGGGUCAUGAUAAAAAACUUGACUUUUUCCUACUUACUUCUUCACUUUCGGGUAGUGUGGGCACAGCAACCGAGAGUAACUACUGCGCAGCGAACAGCUUCCUCGACGUCUUUGCUCGCUGGCGUCGUUCCCAGGGCAAGCCAGCGGUUUCGGUCGGCCUCGGUAUGAUCUCUGAAGUAGGAUAUCUGCAUGAAAAUCCCGAGAUAGAGGCGCUGCUCCUUCGAAAAGGUAUACAGCCCUUAAAGGAGGCGGAAUUCCUACAGGUCAUCGACCUCGCGCUUGCCAGUGACGCAGAGAUAUUUAAUGCUAAAGAGAAUGAUGACCUAGCGUCAGCACAUAUACUCACUGGCCUGGAACCUCUUGGGUUUCUCCAGCUGGUAAAUCGAGGCUUCGAUAUGACCUUUAGUUCCGCACAUGACCCACGGUUAGCCAUUUUAGCCGCCGCACUGGCAUCCGAGCUAGAUGUUGAGAAGGAAAAAUCAGGAAUAAAUGAGAAAGGAGCCGCACGUAUUGCCACCGCGGAGUGGCUUCGAGGCGUUCCAGCUCACGCUAUUGGGCUCCUCGCAUCCGAAGGGGAUGCUGGUUCAUUGCAAGUCGCCAUGUUGAGGCUUAUCAGGAAGCGUUUCUGCAGUCUGAUCCUUAAUCCUGUUGACCAAAUAGACGAUAACAAGCCGCUGGCACGAUUUGGCGUAGACAGCAUGAUUGCAUCAGAGUUUCGAACUUGGUUUUGGACUGCUUUCAAGGUCGACGUACCAUUUCUUGAUAUCAUGAGCCCUGACAAAAAUCUUUCCACUCUAGCAGAUUUCGCGGGAGAGAAGUUAAUGAGUGGCUAA